AUGAGUGAAUGCCCUGUAUUUGUUGAAUUGGCAUGCCGGUGUGGCAGUUUUUUCGUCGAGAGUGUUGGCAAGUGCCAUGUUCGUGUGACUGUCAAUGUAUGGCCCAUGAGCCGUACUUGUGCCUUUAACUUACACCGAUUCAAGCCGUGCCACACGCGCUGCACCUCACGUGUCACAACUCGCUGGGAGCGGGCUUUGGCCGCAAAGCAGGCGGCAUUCCCUUCGGUGCGACUGCAGAUUCCAAAACAAAUUCUUGCAGAAGGGGAAGCUAGGCCGGCUAGGGCUGCAGGCCAGGAAGGGGAGGCGGCCAAGGCGGCCCAAUCGAAGACGGACUUCGUCUCACAUCGCCGGCAUGACGUUUUGUUUCUUCUCGAAAGCAUCCAGCCAAGGCCCGCCCUGUCUCUCCCCCGCGAGAUUUCACGAGAAUGUGCAGCCGUAGCGAUGGCCUCCAGCGGGCUCUGGGGCUUGCAAAGACAUGAGGUCUUGGAACAGCUACAGGAGGAUGUGGAGCUCUUGGAACUAGAGGAUGAGCAGCAUGUUUCCUCCGAGACCAUCCUUCCGGAAGAGGUGGGUAAGUGCAAGCAAGGCAGCCCCUUGCCAUGUUGGCUGGAAAGCUUCUCUCCCUGGCCUUCGGCUGCCCGGACGCGAGAUGAUAAGGAUGCCCAAGAGCAGGACGGUCCAAACGCAUCUCCCGCGAGUCCCACAGACCUCACACCGAGUCCCAAGCGCCGACCUCGGCAGUCCCCGUCCCCGGACACUCUGCAGUCUCCGCAGUCUCCCCGGCUCCGCUAUCACAGAGCCACAGCGGCCUCGGCCUCACCGCCUUCACGGCGAGAGGCACCAAAACGCCAGCAAAGCAGUGCGGCUUGGGAGGCGCUCUCUGCCCAGGUGCGAUCCUUGGAGGCGGAGCUUUCUGCUUCGGAGUUCCAGGAGCAGAGGUCCUCGGCCGAGCACGCCGCUGCGAAGGCAGAAUGGAGCGGCUGCGUCGCGAAUGCCUCAAGCCAAGAGGCUCGCGAGGAGCGGCGGCUGCAAAGCUUGAGGAGCGAGAGAGCAGAGCUGAGUGCCGAGGGCGAGCGGGAGGAUGCUUUCUUCCGCCAGGAGCGUGAUCGUCUUCGACAACGGCUUCGCACUUUGAAGAUGCAGGCUCGGCAAGCGAACCAGAAAGCCGCAGAGGCCCCUUUGGAUCAUCUGCAGUGCUUGGAUGAGGCAUCUCCAGCACGGAUUCAGCCAAGCCAGCGUUCUUUGCCUCUGGGCUCACCGGCAGCUCGUGAAUCCAAAGGCCCUUGCAACCUGGGUGCAUCGAACUGUCGAGGUGGGACCCACCCUGAGGAAACCAGGCCGGCUUUGCGAGAGAUCCAGGAUGUGUCCGCCGGUCGACUGGAAAGGCUGCGUUCCCAGAGGGAUGGUCUGCAAAAGCGAGCAGAGGAGCUGAGACACUCCUGCUUGCUGUCGGACCGCGAGUUGGCACAUGCAGAGACUUUGGAGCUGCUCCGGAGCCAAGAGGCCGAGGCUUCCAAGGCCCUGGCGGAGCAGCAGCGAGCCCUUCGCAAGGUGGAACUUGAAGCCGAUGCAGCCCACCGGCAUGCGGCCGAAACGCGCAAAGCGCAGCGACAGGUGGCGACGGAGCUCUGUGCUGCCGAAGAGCUGCUGCAGCUCCAGUCGCAGCGCCAAGAGGUCCAGGGCCUUCCGGAGAUUCUGCGCAGUCGGCAGAAGGCCAUUGCCGCAUGGGUGGAAGCGGACGUCGGGAUGCGUCAAGUAACCUUGGUGAAGAGACGGCUCCAGCAGAUGGUGGAAGAUUACGGCUACAGAGCGAAGGUUCUGGAGGAUGCCAUCGCCGAGAUCCACGUGGACCUGGACCUGAGGGCUGGCUCCAUCCUUGAGCUGCAGGGGCAGCAGGGGCAGCAGGGGCAGCAGCCUUUGAAGGGCAGCUUGGAGGCGGAAGCCCUGGAGGCGGAGCUUUCGCAGGAGCAGGAGCUCUUCGAUUUGAGGCAUCGCCAGGUGCAGGGCCUCGAGGAGCGGCUCCAGGACCUCUUGGCCGAGGAGGGCCCCCGCAUGGAGGUUCUCGGCGCUUGGGUGGCUGUGCACGAGCCGCUCCUGACGAAGGAGCUGGAGAAGGCGGAACAGACGGAGCACACGGCGGAAGCGGAGGUUCGAUCGGAAGAAGCGAAGCAGGAGCUAUGCGCCGACAUGGCAAAGCAGCGGAGAUCCGAAUUUGAUUUCCUGACCGAGGCCAGCGCGGCUGCGGUGGAGGAAGCAGACAAAGCCGCCCGCGAGGCAGCAGUGCUGUACCGACAGCGUGGGAUUCUCCUGCGGGAUGUGGAUGGCCUGGCACGGGAGGAGCGCGCCGCUGCUCUCCGUGCAGACUCAGCUUCCGAGCGCCUACGCCGGGACCGGCGGCGAGCGGUUGCCGCCACGACGAAGCAGCUCUGGGAGCCAGGUCGCGCAAGCCUGCUCCGAGGGACUUGUCCCAAGGAGGCGAGGAAGAGAGCAGCGGCGCAGGCAGAGGAAAUGGUCGAGGCUUCACGUGGACGGCAGUUGCAGGAACUGCAGCUCUUCAACGAGGAGAUAUCCGUGGUUAGCGCUGAGAUGGUCGAGCUCAGAAAAGACCUGGCAAAGGCCGAGGAUGCCGGAGCGGAGAGACAGUGGAAGCAAUCUGAGGAGGCUCAAAGACAGUCGAAGGUUGCGGCCACACCGAAGGAAGUGACUGCGCGAAGUCUUUCAGGUACCCGCAAGGGAAGCGUUGGCAAGAAGGCCUCUCAGGGUCGCCUGGAGAUGGUCGCGACAACUCUACGUGAGCUGGAGCAGCAGGAGCAGGCGCAGAGGACAGCAAGAGAGUGCCGGGCAGCGGAGCUGACGGCGUCUCUGGAGGCGGCCGAGGCUUCGCUGCAGCGCUGCCGCGCGGAUCACCGCGCCGCCUCGGCCGGAGCCUUGCGCCGCCUGCGCCGCUCUGCCCGGGAGACCGAAGAAGCGGAGCGGAGAUGCUGUGAGCUGGCAGUCGCCAAAGAUCGCGUUUGCUUAGCCCUGCGUGAUGUGGCCUUUGCCGUACCUGCCGGCGACGAGGCCUCCCAACAAGCCGUGGAGCAACCAGCGCCCGGCCCAAACCUGGCUACCGAAGAGCGGAGGCCAGGGGCGGGCGAGGAGCCAAUCAAUCCCGAGCUCCUAGCCUUCUAUCGCCAGGUGUUGCCGCUGCUUCGAGGCAGCACGGUCGGGGCGCUGAGACCUCCACGCAAAGCCCUGGAGGAAAGACAGCUCGUGCUCAGUUCAGAUCUUCAGCGUCUGGAGCUGUGGAUGCCCACAGACUCACCUGCGCGAUUGGAUAGGGCGGAAACCGUGGAACAUCCCGUGGCGCGCAAGCGCGUUGCGGACGCCUUUCUCAGGUUGGACAUGCUGACCCGAGUGCACCUUCCCAAAGCCACGCUGCUGGCGAUGCAGCGGAAGGAGGGCGCAGAGACCAGGAGCAAGCCCAGGUUCUGGCUUCGCUUUGAGCUGGUCGUCCUGGGCUCUGACACGUGGCACCUCGCUACGAGCGAUGUACAAACCUUACAGGCCAUCACCAGCGCGGUGACGGCUUUGCUCACAGCCCGGAAAAAGCUCGGGGCACUUGCUUUGAGUGCCAGGCAACAACUGGAUGCUUUCUGCCUCUGA